AUGUGUGAUCUACACCUAGAGCAAUCUCAUUCUCUACACCACACCAAGAAUGCAACUCAGCAUCCUGGUCUUAUAGAUGUGGUCCUGAAGAAGAAAUGUCACACAGCUGCAGAAGUAGCUGCUAAGCAUCAGGCUAAGUUAGAUGCCAAAGAAGAAAAGGAAUGUGCCAAGGGUGCUAGGAUCAAAUGUGUUGCUGAUCAUGAGAAGAAACAAGCAGACAAGGACAUGUCAACCAAUGCUACCCCACAGGCUGUAGCCUUACCAAAAUCAAAGCCCUGUCCAAGGCCUAUUCCAAAGAAGACUUGUGCAAAACCCUCUCUGCCUCCUAAAGAUAAUGGAUUCAUUUCUGAUGUUGAGAUGAAGGAUGCCAUCAGCAGCACCUUCAACCCAGAUCCAUCCCAAGCCUCAGAAACAACUGACUCCCACAUGGAGGGCUUGGAGCUGAGUGAAACUCCUAUGUCCCCACCAAAAAAGAAGGCAAGGAUUGACAAAUGGGAGGGUAGGAAGGUGCCAGCUGAGAAGCUUAAGGUAUGGGAUGCAAUUAAGGUGGUGCAGCUGGAAGAGGCAAAUGAGCAGGAGAAGAGGAAGAAGAGGAAGAUAGCCCAACCUCCCAGCACAAUAAGCAUUGACUCAGAUAUGGAGUUGAAUGUCCUGGUCAUUGAUGUGACACCUACAGCAACUCACAGCAAAAGAUCAGCCCUUCAGCAGGUCAAUCACUCAGAUGAUGAACCUAUGGAUACUGAUAUCCCUGAUAAGCCUCAGUGGGCAAUGCCAGCCUUGAGCAAUGAGAACACACCUAAGGUGUGGCCUCAUGGUAGUCAGACUGAAGAAAGGGGUAGCAGGAAGGAGAAAAUGAUGGAGAAGGCAAAGGUGAAGGUGACGGAGAAGGCAAAGGAGAAGUCAGAUGAUAAGGGGAAGGGGAAGCAGCAAUGUGAUAAGAAAUCGGCUCUUGUUAAAGAUUCCCCCACCAAGCCCACAGCCUGUCAAACUGAACAAGCAAAGAAACUGAGCAAUGAUGACCUCCCCAAAGGCAUUGAUCCCAAAAUCUGGCGCCAUGUCUUUAUCUCAACAUACAUACAAUAUGUUGCAACAUUGGCUAAUCCCUGGGAGGUUCCCACCAAGCUGGCCUGUGAGAAGAUGCAGGUGAUUUGGGAUGCAAUCUUUCCCCAUAUUGCUCACACAGUGACAAGCCUUAGUUCAGUCUACUACAUUGCUGUCCAGCAAGUUGCCAACUCCUACUGCAGCAACAUUGGCUUGGCAGCUAUCACAAUUGUCAUUGUGUACCUUGAGUCUCAGGACUCACUGAGGGACUCUGACAACAAUCAUGCAGAAUUCACAGAGUACGCACUCAGCAACCUUCAAUUCUUAUACAAGAAGGUGAAUGGUGAUGACAAGUCUAAAUUCUGGGGCCUUUAUCAAGGUGCAUUUGUUGUGCAAACCUUCAGUGCACACUUCACCAUGACCCAUGGUGCCCAAAAGAUACCUGGGGUAGACAAGCCAGGUGUACUAGCAAAUCCUGCUGGGGGUCUUGCAUUGUCAUGUGCCAUGGCUAUCAUGAAAAACCUCCAUGAGGACAAGUUCAAAGUCAUUGUUGCAUCUGCCAUGGAAUUCUUGAAGAAGAAGAGUCCUGGUGAUGACGUCAAUGAUGCUGCUGUGGAGGAUGACCUUGAUCUGGAUGAGUGUGCUCAGCUGGUGGACAUAUCCAACGCUGAGUCUGAGGGAGAUGACAGCUCUGACAUGGACAACUCCAAGUCAGAGACUCGGAAAGCCACUGCUGCUGCUGCCAUCUCAGGCUGGUGA